CCUGUCCGGGGUGUUGAAUUUCAGGGCAGCUCCAUGUGGGCUGGGUCUAAAACAGCAAAGCACGCUGUCAUCGAACCGCCUGUCCCGUCUGCACAUUUAAUGGGAGGGCGAUGGGAGGAAGGCCCGAGAGUUCAGCUCAGUGCAGCAGUUGCAUGUCUAACCUGCCUGCUGCUACCUGCUGCUGCUGCUGCUGUCUCGGCUCUCGGCCCGGCUGCCAAGCGCUGCGGCCCACGUGUGCCGCGUCUGCAGGCGCGACUACUUGACUCGCUCCUCGGCCCGCUUUGAAUCCGCGCGUCUCUGGAUACUCCUCGGCUCAGCCCAUCAAGUCCAGUUGUUUCGAGGGGUCCAGAGCCUCGUGAUCCGCCGCACCGGGUUAAACCUCCUCUCGUCUCUGCUAUGGAGGAAGACGGCGCUCUGCCCGACUUUAAGGACAUAGAGACCAAGUUGGGUCGCAAAGUGCCCGACAGUCUCGUCCGGUCCCUGGCGGUGGGGGGCAAACACGAGGAGAAGCCGACCGGGCCUCAUUUCGCAAAGAGCCGUGCGAACUGCGGCGAUCUGAAACGACUGGAGAGCAAGCUGUUGUUUUUGAAACAAGAAAUGGCGCAUCUGCGGGCCAUCGACGUGAAGCUGAUGCAGCAGCUAAUGUCGAUCAACGAGGGCAUCGAGUCCAUACGUUGGGUGAUGGAAGAGAAAGGGGGCGUGGCCAGCCAAGAGGGCAGCUUGACGGGCAGCCUGUAUAGCCUAUCAGAUAGCCAGGAUGGCACCUCGCUACAGGGAAGCUUCACCAGUUUGAAUGACGGGAACAGCGACGGGCUGGACGGUAUAUCCGUCGGAAGCUAUCUGGACACGCUAGCCGAGGACCUCCCGGACCACCCCUCGCCCACGGACAUCGAGCGUUUUGUGGAUACAAAUGUUAUUGACGGUGAUGCUUUCAGCAAAUCGCCGCUGAAGCUCAGGGUGGAGUCGGAUGAGUACUACUGCUUUGGAUAACGAGUGAUACGUUACAUAAGAUGCUGGCAACGCAUCAUGGUGUGGAUAUUUUGUGAAGAAAUCUCCAAAACUUUUUUUUUAUUUUUUUUGCUUUGAGAAAUUGAAGCCACUGAAGAUUCCCAUUUGCUCCAAACUGUGUUAAUGUGAUCUCAUACUGUCACCUAACCUAAGUGUGCUUUGUGAAUGAGUCAUGUUUACUUUGUACCUUGAAACCAAAGUCCUUAUGUUGUGGAUGUAACACGCCUCAUCAAACCACCGGCACUUAACACCUAAUGUAUGAGAAAACAGGUCUUCCUGUUCUCUCAGAUCUGAAUCACGAUGAUUGGUGAAACGGGAAAAGACACUAUGCACCGAAAUGAUACACAUUGGUGCAUUUUUAUUAGAAGUACAUUCUUGGUGUACUCCUGUAGCUCUGCAAUUUACUUAACAUAACUACAUCAUAGCUACACUGAGUGGCACAGUGGCGCAGUGGUUAGCGCGGUCGCCUCAGCAAGAAGGUCCUGGGUUCGAGCCCCGGGGUAAUCCAACCUUGGGGGUCGUCCCGGGUCAUCCUGUGUGGAGUUUGCAUGUUCUCCCCAUGUCUGCGUGGGUUUCCUCCGGGUGCUGCGGUUUCCUCCCACAGUCCAAAGACAUGUAGGUCAGGUGAAUCGGCCAUACUAAAUUGUCCCUAGGUGUGAAUGUGAUGGCCUGGCGGCCUGUCCAGGGUGUCUCCCUGCCUGCCAUCCCAUGACUGCUGGGAUAGGCUCCAGCAUCCCCGCGACCCUGAGUAAGGAUAAGCGGUUUGGAUAAUGGAUGAAUGAAUGAACUACAUCAUAACCUGAAAACACUUAAGGCAAUAAAAGUGGCCAUUUUAAUGAUGACGCAGCAUCACCGACACGCCAAUGCUGUAACGUAGAGAUUGGUGCAAGUGGCGUGUUCCUUCCUCAUGUGUUGCAAAUCCCUUUUGAAUCUUGUGCUGGGUCGGUCACAAUCGAUUCAUUUUCGUGAAGGAGUAGAUUAGGAUUAGCCAGCCGUUUGGAAAAUGAGAUAUUUCAUGCCAAGUUGUGAGAGAAGCUUAACUUUUUCAUGUGGCGAAAUGAUUUGUUGAAGUGUUACCACAUCCAAUUGCAAUUCGCUUCCCCCGCCUGAUAGUGACUCACAUCCGUAGUUUGACUAAAGAUAUGCUUCAGUGAAGAAUCUUG